AUGCGCUUCCAAGCCACCUUCGCCCUCCUCUCCCUCAUCACUGCCGCCGCCAUGGCCACCCCCCUCGACAACAAGCCCGCCGGCCACGUCGAGGUGUUCCCCCGCACGGCCUGCAAGCCCCCGAACCCGUGCUCCCACCUCGUGGACUGCAACUGCCCCGGAAACAAUGCUGGGAUAUGCGUCAAUGGCGACUGCACGUGCCUGGACUGCUAG